AUGUCUGCUGUACGGCCCCUACGACGAGGUCUUCACCUCCUUGGAUCGAGAUCCAUUGCCCAGCACACCCCCGUUGGUGUCAAUGGCGCCUUGACUGCCGUCCCGCGCCAGCUUGCUUCUCCGCAGGGCCUCCGCGGCGCUCUCCGCGCUCCAGUUUCUGGACGCUCAAUUGCUGCGACUCUGCCAGCCAACAAUGGCGUCAGAUAUGCCUCGUCUGCAGCAUCAUCUGAGCAGCUACGAAAGACUGAGCUCUAUGACCUGCACGUUGCAAAGGGUGCCAAAAUGGUGCCCUUUGCGGGGUUCUCCAUGCCCCUCCAGUAUUCCGAUCUCAGCCAUGUCGAGAGCCACAUGUGGACGAGAGAAAAGGCCAGCUUGUUUGACGUGAGCCAUAUGGUUCAACACCGACUCAGCGGACCAGGCGCUCAGGAUCUACUCAUGAAGAUUACACCAUCGUCCCUCAACAAUCUCCAGGAUAACACCUCUACACUCUCUUGUCUUCUGGAAGAGGGAACUGGUGGAAUUGUCGAUGACACCGUCAUCACCCGCCUGUCCGACGACACCUUCUACUUCGUCACCAACGCCGGCCGCCGCGACGAAGACCUCGCCUUCCUUACCGCCGAAAUCGACGCCUUCAAAGCCGCCAACGGCGCCGAAAAGGCCAUCAACUGGGAGAUCCUUUCCGACCGCUCCCUCAUUGCCCUCCAGGGUCCUCAAGCAGCCGCAGCCCUCCAAUCCCUCAUCCACGCCAACAGCUCCGACGCAGCCGCCUCCGACCUAAGUACCCUCUACUUCGGCAGCUGCCGCGCUCUCAACCUCACCCUCCCAUCGGGCCAGCCAACCCCCGAGCCCCUCCUCAUCUCCCGAACCGGCUACACAGGCGAAGACGGCUUCGAAAUCUCCAUUCCCUCCUCCGUCGACCCAACAACAAUCACGGAACUCCUCCUCUCAAACCCAACCGUGCGUCUCGCCGGUCUCGCCGCGCGUGACUCCCUCCGCCUCGAAGCCGGAAUGUGCCUCUACGGCCACGACAUCUCAACAACUCAGACUCCCCCCGCCGCAGCCCUCGGCUGGAUCGUCGGCAAAGACCGCCGCGACCCUGCCUCUCCCUCCUCCAAAUUCAACGGCUCAUCCACCAUCCUCCCCCAGAUUGCGUCCCCGGCCAAGACCCUCAGCCAGCGCCGUGUCGGCUUCACGGUAGAGAAGGGCUCUCCCGCCCGCGAGGGCGCCAUCGUCGUCGACGUGAACGACGAGUCUAGGACCCAGAUCGGUGUUAUCACCUCUGGUCUACCGAGUCCGUCGCUGGGCGGAACGAAUAUCGCCAUGGGAUACAUUCGCCAGGGACUGCAUAAGAAGGGGACAGAGGUUGGUAUACUUGUGCGGAAUAAGGUGCGCAAGGCGUCUGUUGUCGGUAUGCCCUGGGUGGAGAGUAAGUUCUAUCGGAAGGCGUAA